AUGCCUCCGUCAUACGACGAUGAGAAAAUCCGAUUUUAUUAUCCAGAUCAUUUACAAUUGAAAUUGGUUCAAGUGAUUCAUAGACACGGUGAACGUACGCCAGUUAAACCAUUCCUAGAACAUGUUAUACCCCCAUUGUGGAAUUUAUGUCACGAAGCAAAAGAAUUUCAAUCGAGUAUUUUAUUAUUUCAAGAGGACAAAAAUAAUCAAGAUAAUUUAAAAUUAGGGUACGAGCAAUUUACUUAUAGACGUAUUGACUCUCAUUCUUUUCCCUCUCCCGGAACAUGCGCGUUUGGACAGUUAACAGAUAUUGGGCGUAGGUCAAUGACUGAGUUAGGUGCUCACUUUCGAACAUUAUAUGUAGACAAAUUAAAAUUUUUGGAUGAAAAAUUAUCAAACGAUAAAUUACUUUAUUUACGUUCAACCAACUAUGCAAGAACAUUCGAAUCAUUGCAGCAGCUAGUUAUUGGCGGAUUAUAUCCAUCCCAAUACAGAUCCAAUUCGUACGUUUUAAAAAUUCAUACUAGAGCCUUUUAUAAAGAAACUUUACAUCAAAAUAGUAAAUGUAAGCGCUUAAUGACACUGAUUAAGCAAUUUGGGGAGGCUUCAAAAUUACGUUAUGAAUCCGAUUUAAAAUAUUUAACUACUCAAUUAAAACCUAUUGUAAACGAAGUUAAGCUUGAUUCUAAGCCUUCUUUAAACGAAAUAUUUGAUACUGUAACUGCAGCAAAAGCAAAUAAAAUUCCUAUUCCGAAAGAAUUCACUGAAGAAGUUAUAGAUAAAAUCGAUGAAAUAUCCACUGGUGAAUGGUUUAAUGGAUUUUAUGAAACAUUAGAAAUGAGAAGAUUAGCAAUAGGUCCAUUCAUUGCUGAUUUACGUGAUAUUAUUCUCUCAAAAGUAAACAAUAUACCCGAAGCAGAAGAUUUAAAAUUUGCAAUAUACAGUGGACAUGAUUCAACAUUAGCUCCUUUAAUAGCAACAUUCAAUGCAUUUGAUCAUAGAUGGCCAAAAUUCAAUUCACAUCUUAUAUUAGAAUUAUUUGAAUCCAAGGAAGAAUUUUCUUCUGCUCAAGAUAAUCAUUAUGUUCGUGUAAGAUAUAACGAUAAAAUUUUAGAAUUGCCUGCCUGUCAAAAUGAUGAUAAACAUCACCCUAAAGAUAAAUCUUUAUGUACUCUAAAAGCGUUUUUAACCUUAGUCGAUUCUCACAUUCCAAAAGAUUAUAUUCGGGAAUGUUUAGAUACAUAA